ACCGCCACAGGGGGCACUGCUCAGACACGGUGAUCUCCACAGAACCGAGGAGCGCAGAAGAAGAAGAGCAGCAGCGGCUGAGACGAUGGCCGGACGCAAUCAAUGGAUCCGAGCUGGACUUAAAACAUAAUUUCACGCGCACUGAGCCAUCACCAGUGCCAGAGGGUGGAGCUAACUGGCAGCCAUGAUGGAGGACGCUGAGCUGGAUCUUUCCCCCGCCCACUCGGAUCAGAACAGUCCCUCCCCCUCCAUCUCCAUCUCCUCCUCGCCUUCGCUGUCUCUUCCCUCCACGCCGUCCUCGUCAUGCGGCCCCCCACAGGCCACUACCCCUCCCCUGGGCGUUAUCAGCGAGGGAGUGGCUGAGCUCAGCCUGGUGAUUGAUGCCGAGGUAGCCCAGCGGGCGUGUCAGGAAGUGCUGCAGAAGGUGAAGCUGCGACAGGUGGAUUCUGACAGCGCCUUAACGCAGAGCGAGGCGGGACCAGAUGCGCCGCCGUCUGACCCUGAGGGCCCGGCGCCGGGCACGGUGAAGAGCGCGCGUCGGCGGCAGAGACACAACCCCUCCAAACAGUCGUGGCUGCUGCGCCUGUUCGAGUCCAAGCUGUUCGACGUCUCCAUGGCGAUCUCCUACCUGCACAACUCGAAGGAGCCUGGCGUGCAGGCCUACAUCGGUAACCGCCUGUUCAGCUUCCCGCACGAGGAGGUCGACUUCUACCUGCCGCAGCUGCUCAACAUGUACAUCCACAUGGACGAGGACGUCGGCGAUGCCAUCAAACCCUAUGUGGUGCAUCGCUGCAGGCAGAGCAUCUCCUUCAGCCUGCGGUGCGCCUGGUUGCUUGGUGCCUACUCGUCCGACAUGCACAUUUCCACGCAGCGCCACUCCCGGGGAACCAAACUGAGGAAGCUUAUCCUGUCCGACGAACUGAAGCCCGCUGGGCCGCGGGUCCGCAGGGACCCCCUCGCCCUGACGCCGUUCUGUCCCGCAGCGCCCCCCACCGUGGGUCCCGGGCCCCUGGGAGGAGAUCACAGCCUGUCGCCCACAAAGAGGACGCAUCAGCGCUCCAAGUCGGACGCCACGGUCAGCAUCAGUCUGAGCAGCAACCUGAAGAGGACGGCGAGCAAUCCGAAGGUGGAAACCAGCCAGGACGAGGACUGCAGCUCCAGCUCCGACAGUCUGGAGUUCGAUUCACGUCCCCCGGUGCGCCUGGCCCCUCAGAGGGAGUUCAUCAAGUCUCUGAUGGGCAUUGGGAAGCGUCUCGCCACGCUGCCCACCAAAGAGCAGAAGACGCAGCGCCUGAUCUCCGAGUUGUCGCUGCUCAACCACAAGCUGCCGGCCCGCGUGUGGCUGCCGACCUCCGCCUUCGACCACCAUGUGGUGCGAGUGCCGCACACUCAGGCCGUGGUGCUCAACUCUAAAGACAAGGCGCCGUACCUGAUCUAUGUGGAGGUUCUGGAGUGUGAGAACUUUGAGACGUCCAGCGUUCCCAUCCGGAUCCCAGAGAACCGGAUCAGGAGCACACGCUCCGUGGAGAACCUGCCGGACUGUGGCAUGACGCCGGAACAGCGAGCCGGCAGCUUCUCGGUCGUCCCGAACUACGACAACGACGACGAGGCGUGGUCCGUGGACGACAUUGGAGAGCUGCAGGUGGAGCUCCCGGAGACUCACACCAACAGCUGUGAUAACAUCAGCCAGUUCUCGGUGGACAGCAUCACCAGCCUGGAGAGCAAAGAGCCCGUGUUCAUCGCCGCCGGAGACAUCAGGCGGCGUCUCUCAGAGCAGCUCGCUCAGGCCCCAACCACCUUCAAACGGGACCCCGAGGACCCGUCGGCGGUGGCGUUGAAGGAGCCGUGGGAGGAGAAAGUCAGGAGGAUCAGGGAGGGCUCUCCGUACGGACACCUGCCCACCUGGAGGCUCCUGUCUGUCAUCGUAAAAUGUGGAGACGACCUGCGGCAGGAGCUGCUCGCCUUCCAGGUGCUGCGGCAGCUGCAGUCGAUCUGGGAGCAGGAGCGCGUGCCGCUGUGGAUCAAGCCAUAUAAGAUCCUGGUGCUGUCGGCGGACAGCGGCAUGAUCGAGCCCGUGGUGAACGCCGUGUCACUGCACCAGGUGAAGAAGCAGAGUCAGCUGUCGCUGCUCGACUACUUCCUGCAGGAGCACGGCGCACCCACCACCGAGGCCUUCCUCACGGCGCAGAGGAACUUCGUGCAGAGCUGCGCCGGCUACAGCCUCAUCUGCUACCUGCUGCAGGUCAAAGACAGGCACAACGGGAACAUCCUGCUGGACGCCGAAGGCCACAUCAUCCACAUUGACUUCGGCUUCAUCCUGUCCAGCUCGCCCAGAAACCUCGGCUUCGAGACGUCCGCCUUCAAGCUAACCGCAGAGUUUGUGGACGUGAUGGGCGGGCCCGACGGCGACAUGUUUAACUACUACAAGAUGCUGAUGCUCCAGGGCCUGAUCGCAGCCAGGAAGCACAUGGAGCGCGUGCUGCAGAUCGUGGAGAUCAUGCAGCAAGGCUCCCAGCUGCCCUGCUUCCACGGCUCAAGCACCAUGCGGGGCCUGAAGGAGCGCUUCCACAUGAGCCUGACGGAGGAGCAGCUGCAGCUGCUCAUCGAUCAGCUGGUGGACGGCUCCAUGAGGUCGCUCACCACCAAACUUUACGAUGGCUUCCAGUACCUCACCAACGGCAUCAUGUGACCGCUGCACAGACUGAGGAGCUCUUAUGACUCCGCCCCCCUCCUUUAUUUUAUUCCAGUUUCUUUUUGUUGUCUUGUCUUCUCCAGGAGUUCAUCUUCCUCUUUGUCUCGUUAUGUUUCUCCUCUUCUUCCUCUUUGGUUUUCCUUUUUUUUUUUUCCCCAUAUGUGGACUUAUUGGUUGCUCCCCGGACUCUGAGCCAAUGAGAGAGCAGCCCACUUUUAGUUGUGACCUGUGAACUGUGAGCAGAAUGGCGCCGUUUCCUGUUUUACCUGUGAAGGAGUUUCUUUGAGCCAAUUAAAACCAGUCGCUGUUCACCUGUAGCUCUGCCUCCUCUGAUCUGAUCAGAUGGCUUCCUUUAGUUUGUUUCUGCACACAGCGAGCUGACAUCAUCCUGUCACAUUUCCUCCUACAUCAGCUGCUACAGAGAGAGAUUUUCAGAUCAAAGCAGGAAGUUGUCUGGAUUUUAGGAAUAAAAGUUUCAGAUUUUC